CGACUCACAGGCAACGCGCGGGUAUCGGGUCGGGAAAUGGGUAUAUUGUUUCUUUUCCCCUUUUAGCGGUGUCCUCAGGAGGAGAAGAGAGAAGAGGCAAGGAGCGAGAUUGUAGGAGAGAUGACGACGAUUCGUAGAUUUUGCUGCAACGAUCUUCUUCGUUUCGCCUCUGUCAAUCUUGACCAUCUCACUGAAACUUUCAACAUGUCCUUCUAUAUGACUUAUUUGGCAAGAUGGCCCGACUAUUUUCAUGUCGCCGAAGGCCCUGGACACCGAAUUAUGGGUUAUAUUAUGGGAAAAGUUGAAGGGCAAGGUGAGUCUUGGCAUGGUCAUGUAACUGCAGUCACUGUUGCUCCUGAAUAUCGCAGGCAACAAUUAGCCAAGAAACUUAUGAACCUGCUCGAAGACAUCAGUGACAAGAUUGACAAGGCUUACUUUGUGGAUCUUUUUGUAAGAGCAUCAAACACACCAGCCAUAAAAAUGUAUGAAAAGCUUGAGUAUGUGAUAUAUAGACGGGUGCUGAGAUAUUAUUCGGGAGAAGAAGAUGGGUUAGAUAUGAGGAAGGCAUUAUCUCGUGAUGUUGAAAAGAAAUCCAUCAUCCCCCUUAAACGGCCAGUUACCCCCGAUGAAUUAGAGUAUGAUUAGCUAUGCCUUGUAUGGAAUGUCUACCCAAGUUUGAUGAUGAUGAAGCUUUACCAUAUGCACUUUGGAGUUAGGGAAGUUUAGGCAUCAAGAACUGCUUUUAGAAUGUCGUGUCAAAAGCGACUUGUUAGUAUGCAUAUCUUAUCAAAAUAUGGUUUGAGAUGUGCACUUAUAAAAAAGGAACAACUGGGAUGUGCUUAGGUUAUUUUUUUGCAUCCAUGCAAUCUAAUUUCUUUUGUUAA